UCUGGAUACACUCAGAGCGCGCGCACCCGCGUCUACGACCAGCAGUGUGUCAGCAACCGAGGAUGCGACCGCAACUGCGAGAGAGGCUGCAGCUUCACGUGGAAACGACCCGCGGGGAAGGAUUUGAAAACACGUCCUCAGACUUUUAACCAUGAGUGAAUUUCUGCUGGAUUACAAACUAUGACGCGCUUUUCUCCGGCUCUGUGACACGCUCCCUGCUGCGCUGCGUCCUCAGACCCAUCUCCACUUGUUGUCAUCCUGCAGAAACAUGUCAACCAAACCACUGGCCUGUGUCCUACUGCUGUCACUGCUUCACACCUGCUCUCUGACUCUGGAGUACGAGGACUACGAGGAUGUCACAGUGAACCAAAUGCUGGCUCCGAAAUCACAGGAAACCGACGCCACGGAAAUACUCAACAAUCUGCUGAAAGAGUACGAUAAGAAACUCAGACCGGAUAUCGGAGUUAAACCAACUGUCGUAGAUGUCGACAUCUUUGUGAACAGCAUUGGACCAGUGUCAUCAAUAAAUAUGGAAUACCAAAUCGACAUUAUCUUUGCCCAGACGUGGACCGACAGCCGUCUCAGAUACAACAGCACAAUGAAGAUACUGACUCUGAACAGCAAUAUGGUCGGACUUAUUUGGCUGCCGGACACCAUCUUCAGGAACUCCAAGAAUGCGGAUUCCCACUGGAUUACGAUGCCUAACCAGCUGCUCAGAAUAUGGAAUGAUGGGAAAAUACUUUACACCUUAAGGCUGACAAUAAACGCAGAAUGCCAGCUUCAGCUGCACAACUUUCCCAUGGACGAGCACUCCUGCCCUCUCAUCUUCUCCAGCUACGGAUACCCACGAGAUGAGAUGAUUUACAAGUGGAGGAAGAACUCUGUGGAGGCGUCUGAUCAAAAGUCCUGGCGUCUCUACCAGUUUGAUUUUAUGGGCCUGAGAAACACGACAGACAUAAUAAAGACAACAGCAGGGGACUAUGUGGUGAUGACGGUGUACUUUGACCUGAGAAGGAGAAUGGGCUACUUCACCAUCCAGACUUACAUCCCCUGCAUCCUCACCGUGGUCCUCUCCUGGGUUUCCUUCUGGAUCAAAAAAGACGCCACACCAGCCAGAACGGCUUUAGGUAUCACCACGGUGCUGACUAUGACUACGCUCAGUACUGUGGCCAGGACGUCAUUACCCAGAGUGUCAUAUGUCACUGCCAUGGACCUGUUCGUCACUGUCUGCUUCCUGUUUGUCUUCGCUGCACUGAUGGAGUAUGCAACAUUGAACUACUACUCAAACAGUGCCAGAAAACUCAGCUGCAUGGAGCCGAAACGACCAAACUACUCUGUCCUGGACGUGCGACCUCCGCACACCGUCAUCACUCUAAACAACUCCAUGUACUGGCAGGACUUUGAGGACGCUUGUGUCUACGAGUGUCUGGAUGGAAAAGACUGCCAGAGCUUCUUCUGCUGCUUCGAGGAGUGUAAAGAAGGUGCGUGGAGAAAAGGACGUGUCCACAUAGAUCUACUUGAACUGGACGCAUACUCACGUGUUUUCUUCCCCACUUCCUUCUUACUGUUCAACGUGGUCUACUGGGUGGGCUAUCUCUACCUUUAGCACUCUGCAGGAGCCUGUUUGGUUUCAAACAGAGGACAGCACAAGUUAACAGAAGAAAUUCAAGUGUAAUAAAAGGUAACACAAAUGAACUCUUUGUUGUGGCACCUGAAACAGUGACCUGGAAACCAGCGUGUGUCAGUAGGCCUGUGCCAAACAGGGCGGCAGUGAGGACAGGAUGGACUGUCUGCUAAUGACGAUACAUAGACCACGAAGGACACGUGCUUCUCCAAACCUCUCCAUCAGGAGGAUGACUUUUGUCGUAGGGAAUGUACAGACACGUUAUUGUCCAGCCAUCAGUCAAAUCCAGUUGGUGAAACUCCAAUGACACUCAAACCAUUUAUAGUGCCUUCCUCUGGAGGGG